AUGUGCAAUGUAUCUCCGCAAGUGCCGUUGCUCACAUCCAACAUCGCCGACGGCGUCGACUUGAUAUCCGACAAUGUCCAAUCGAUUAUGUCGCCCGUUGCGGCGCCGUCGUCGCCGUCGUCGGCCACAAGCCGUUUGUUCAUUAUUGUCAAGAUCUCUGUGCUUCUGCAAGAUCUUCUUUCCUUUUCAUCCUCUUCUCUCGUGUAUCUUCCUUGUUCCUUCAUCUCUCUGUCCUUUGUUGAUCUUGUUUCACUAGAGAUCAUGGCCGACCAAUCCCAUGUGCGUUCGCAAGGGGGCGCCUCAACCCAAGGCUCGCCGUCUGCGGAUGUGGUUUUGCUUGACUCGACAAAAGCCUCACAGCCUUCGCGUCUGGAGGCUUCCGCUGACGAGGAAGUCUUCCCUGGUGUCGAUGAAUCGUGGCCGGAUUUCAUGGAACGGUACCUGUCGCGGUGGCCUUGGCCCACGGAGCAGCAGGCAAUGACAAGCCCGACGCCAAUUCCCUUCUCACCCGGCUGCGCCCCUGUGAGGGUUCACCACAGCAACAGCAGUGGGGUUGAGACUUUGCCGACCAUCAGUGAGGAGGACACGGUGGACUCCAAGGGGCGGACAAUCAGCCUCGAACGAAUCUUGCAUGGAAUCGACCAACGUACCACGAUCAUGAUUCAGAACAUUCCGAGAUUCCUUGAUUGCAACCAAGUGAUCGAAGUCUUGAAUCUAACUAGUCGUGGAGCAUACGAUUUCUUGUUCUUGCGAAGGCGAUCGCGCCUCAAUUUCGGUUACGCAUUUGUCAACUUCGUGGAUCCGUUGCACAUUAUUCGCCUCCACCUUGCGCUAGAGGGCAAAAAAUGGCCCGGCUGUCAAUCUGCGGAGGAGUCAGUGAAAUUCUGCUAUGCCGUGGUUCAAGGAAAGGAAGAUCUGGUGAACUCAUGCCACCAGAACUCAGUUAUGACCCGACCUCCUGAGGAGCAACCCAAGGUGUUCUUUACUAGCGGUCGCUUUGCAGGAUCGCAGGCACCUUUUCCUCGCCCAGACGCCGCCAGGUCCCUGCGUGGCGCCCUCACCAGCACCACCCAGCAAGGUGUGGAUAACAAUGAAUCUCAAAGCCAAGAUACAGUUGCGCCACCACACACCUGGAACCGGUCGAAUGUGCACCACUCAUCUCAGAUGAUCCUUCCUCGCGCAUCUGAUCGUAUUGCCCGUUAUCCCGCUGCAGGAUCAUUGCCCCAGAGUAUCACAGCGGAUUUCUCCACAACCAGGGAGGGCAAUCCAACCAUGCGCCCCUCUGUGGGACGAUCUUUGCCUGGGCACAUCCGUUUUGAUCCCCCAUUGGCUGGAGCGGAGCGCGAUCCGCUCCCCUCUACGGCCCAGUCAUUGUUCCAGAACGUUGCUUCUGCGUCCCAGACCGUUGCUCCUGCCUCCCCCUCAGGGAGGUUGGCCGCACGCUUAGGCUACCGCUCUUGGGGACGACACAUUCGCUCUUGGGCCCAGAGACGACGCGCCCAGCGGUCUUCUUCGACCGAAAAGGACACUCAGUCUACGCGGGAGGGCAAAUAG